AUGUCUAAUCACGGAAACACUACAGGAGUCAAUGAAGGACCCUCAUCCUUCGAGUCAGCCAGCACUGGAAGUUCUGUUGCCCACUCAACAUCUGAGACCCAUUCAAAGAACAACGCCAGCUCUUAUGAGACAUUCGCCGAUCUCCCUGUUCAUCGUCAAAUUGAUCUGCUGACUGUUCUGGAUUUACCAGCCCGCCGACCUGGGGCGAGGCUCUCAUUUUACCAACGUCUUAAUCAUAUUGGUUUGCGCAUAUCCCCAAGCCCUGAGCUUAACAUUGUAUUUGCGAUGACGCAAGCUAUCUCAGUAGGAGUUCCAGGUCCUAGUUAUUUCGCCGGGCUUACCAGCAGUGAAAUUGAAACCAAAAUACAAGCUACUGUUACUGAAGCUUCCAAGUGGGCCUCUGUAGUGGAGCAAUAUUUCUUUAACAACCCGGAUGGCACCUUUCACUGUGAUCUUAUAUUAGCAGUGCUGAAUAACAACAAGGUUUCAGCAGCUGCUCGCGAAGAUCCUCAGAGUCAUCUCUGGGGAUUACCAAACAUAUUUGAUAAUGACGGCGGAAGCAGUGAUUAUUCGCCAGUUGCUUUUCUUCCACCUGCCAACCAAAUCGCCUCUGUGGGUGAAACAAAUCUUCCAAAUGUUCUCGAUUCUGAAAUGCUACUGGUCACCUUAUCUCAGACAACAGCUACUUUGUGUCGUAUGAGAAAUACAGCAGCCCCAAAACUAUCAGCUCCUAUGGUGCCAAGCUUGCUUGAUCCUCCCUUUGAGGUGACCAAGCGUGACGAAGAAUUGAUCAAGGACUGUGUCAUAUGUGGCACGUCAAGAAGCAUUAAGAGGUUCACUUCUCCGGAUAAGCAUAUAGCUUCUGAAUCCACGGCCCCUGCUCGCCGUGCUGUUGACGGCAAGGCCACCAAGCUUAUUACUGACAAUGGUGGUGAAUUUAUCUCUGGGACACUUGGAAAAUUUUUAGCAGACUGGGGCGUCAUUCAUAUUUUAACUGCUCCUGAUGAACACCAACAAAAUGGGAAAAUUGAGCGUGCCCACCGCACACUGCGUGAGAUAUCUACUAGAGCCUUGAUGCAGUCGACACUCUGGGCCAAUAUCUACUGGGACUCUGCCUGGCUCUACGCUGUGCAGUCUGAGGACCAUAUAUUGCUCGAAGAUUCUGCUGUUGAUGAUGCUGAUUUGAGAUCGGUGAACUCCAACGUAGCUGGUCGCCCUGGUUCCGAAGAUACUAACGAAGAUUUUUCUCACGAAAAUUCAUUUUCUGAACAUAUGGUAAAGCUCCAGAAAGCCUUUGCUCCAGGAACUCAGUCGCCCUCAGUGGUGGCUCAUCAAACAAGUCCGGUGACUCUUCCCAAACAACUACACAUUUUGGAUGAGGAUGACAGUGUGGAUCUUGCGCUGUCUGGAACUGCUGAACUUACCCGCGAGGCUUCAGCUGUUGAAACCGCUAGCCAAUCUGGUGAUGACAAUCAGGAUGCGGUUGACUCAGAAACCAAUGAUGAAGACAUGGAUGGGUCUGUGGAACAUAUACUGGGUUUCGACGAAUUGGAAGACUCAUCAGAUUCUGAAUUUUCGUCUAGCGACGUUGUCAUGGGAUUCCUCUACUGUUGGAGGAAGCUCCUGCGAGAGAUGUCGGGGUGCCGCAAGGUUUAG